AUGUCUGCUUAUGAUGGAAAAAGUGAGCGUAGUUUGAAAAAACAAAGAGAGGCAGCCCAUGAAGAAGCUUUCCUUGCUCUUCAAGAAUAUGAAUCUUCUUUGGGGAAACUUGAGGGUGAUGAAGCAGGUCCAUCAUCACCUGGUAAAAGAAAUGGUAGAAGAGUUUUUGUUGGAGCUAAAUCACGGCCCAUGACUUUUAGUACUGAAGAACCUGAAAAUCAUGAUGAUAAUGACAGUGAAGGUGAGGUUGAGGUUAGAGAGGAAGAAAACGAACAUAAAGUUGAAAAUGGCCUAUCCGAAGUGCUGAUUGGACCUGCACUUGUUCCUGAUGAUGCAGAGACAGGUCAGGAAGUAAUAUUUAAGGAUUUUGAUGAUAUUGUUAAAAACGCUGGGUCAAAGACAACCUACGAAGUUUCAAUUUUUGCUUCUGACACAUGGAGAAAGAUGGGAGGUAAAAACCCUUCGGACAAUAUCAAAGAGAAAUCUGCAGUAGCUGAUAAUCUUGUUCUUUCGAGCCAGAAUUCAGCGGGACAAGAUAACAACAGUGAUUCUGAUUCGGACCUGGAGAUGGUGGAUGGGUUCUUAUCUUCUCACCCUAAGUCUGAUGAUUAUAAACUUCCAUCUCAAGAUGAACUUAUACAUCGUGCCUUUGCUGGCGAUGAUGUUGUAAUGGAGUUUCAAAAAGAGAAAAUGGAUGUCCUAAAUGAAGAGAACCCUGAACCUGAAAAACCUGUUUUGCUUCCCGGGUGGGGUCAGUGGACUCACAUACAACAGAAAAAGGGCAUUCCUUCAAUUAUUACAGAAGAACAUGAAAAGGCUAAAAGGAAGAGAGAAGAAGCCCUUAAAAAAAGGAAAGAUUCUCAUCUGAAAAAUGUAAUCAUCUCUGAAAAGAUUGACAAAAAGGCUGAGAAACUUCAUGCAAAGAAUUUGCCCUUCCCUUAUACUUCCAAAGAGGCUUAUGAGCAGAGCAUCCGCAUGCCUAUUGGACCGGACUAUAAUCCUGCAAUAUCCAUUGGAGCUCUCAAUCGACCAGCUGUUAUCAAAAGAGCUGGUGUCAUUAUUAACCCAAUAAAGUACGAAGAUAUUGAUCCAUAUGGCAAAUCUGAAGACUCAAAGGAACCAAAGCACAAAAGGCAGAAGAAGAAGCCAAACGCAAAGAAAGCUCAAUUUGCUGGCCGGAAAGUUUCCAAGAAAUCGUAAUCUUUGAGAAUACAAAGGAGUUCUUGCCAUUCUUUUGCUAUUGCCCUGCGUGAGUCCAGGUGAUGAUGGAAAAUGUUAUCAUACUCCUGCAUGUACCGGAUGAGUUCAUUUAAAUCCGCUUUCUUCAACUAUUUUUCCCAAUGCAUGAUUUCGCUGAAGAUGUAGUAUGGGCUGACAGUUUUAGUAAAGGUAUCUUGCGAGCUUGUGCUGAAUGAGCUUAAAAUUUGUCCUAUUAUUAUCUCAUAAAAUGACCACAGGAAUAUUUUUUAUGUAGAAGAACGUUGAUUUUUUAUACUGAAUUUAUUCUCAUAUAUAAUUUUUUUUCAUGCAAA